CGUCGCAAUUUUAAGGGUUUAACGUUCGCACGGAUGUUACGACAGUCAAAAUUCGUCCAGCUAGGAGAUUUCAACGGCCGGCUUGUCACUGGAAAAAUUGUGCACCGAGUUCAGGAUGAUCUCUACAUUGAUUUCGGCUUGAAGUUUAAUGCAGUCUGUAAAGCUCCACCUGUCAACUCAGAAGCAUAUCGAGAAGGAGCCCUGGUACUGCUACGACUACAUGAUCCAGAACUAAGUGAGCAGUUUCUGGGUUCGAUUCAUGAUUUGACGUUGCUCGAAGCUGAUGCUACGUUGGUGAGGCUUCUCCGUCAUGUUUCUGGAAAAGGUAUGAUUUUAGAGAGAAUUUCGUGGAGUGAUCCGUUUGCGAUACCUUUGGUGUAUCCAUCAGUCUGUCCUUCCUCCCAGUUGACAUUUGUUUAA